CUAUGGCCGUCCAGAAGUUCUCUCAUUCCCUACAAGACUUCCAGUUUGAAUGUAUUGGAGAUGCAGAAACAGACGAUGAAAUUAAUAUUGCUCAGUCCCUGAAAGAGUUUGCCCGUCUAUUGAUUACAGUAGAGGAAGAGAGGAGGCGGCUGAUCCAGAAUGCCAACGAUGUUCUAAUUUCCCCUCUAGAAAAGUUUCGCAAGGAACAGAUUGGGGCAGCCAAAGAAGGAAAAAAGAAGUUUGACAAAGAGAGUGAAAAAUACAAUUCAAUAUUAGAGAAGCAUUUGAAUUUGUCAUCAAGGAAAAAAGAGUCACAUUUGCAAGAGGCAGACUCCCUUAUUGACAGAGAACACCAGAACUUCUCACAUGCAUCAUUGGAAUACAUAUUUAAAAUUCAAGAGGUACAAGAAAAGAAGAAAUUUGAGUUUGUCGAACCUCUUUUGGCGUUCCUCCAGGGUCUAUUUACCUUUUAUCAUGAAGGAUACGAACUGGCGCAAGAAUUUACACCGUACAAGGAGCAGCUUCAGUUCAAUUUACAAAAUACGAGAAAUAACUUUGAAAGUACUCGGCAGGAGAUGGAGCGGUUAAUGCAAAGAAUGAAAUCUGCAGACCAAGAUUACAGGCCGCCAAGCCAGUGGACAAUGGAGGGUUAUCUGUAUGUACAGGAGAAAAGGCCGCUUGGUUUUACAUGGACACGACAUUACUGCACUUAUGAUAAAGGAAGCAAAACAUUUACAAUGAGUGUUUCAGAGACAAAAUCAGGUGGAAAAGUGAAUGGACUUAUCUCAAACUCGCCAGAAAUGUUCAAGUUGAAAACCUGUAUACGACGGAAAACUGACUCCAUAGACAAGCGAUUUUGUUUUGACAUAGAAGUCACCGAAAGGCAAGGGAUUAUUACUCUGCAAGCACUAUCUGAGGAUAACCGAAAACAGUGGCUCGAAGCAAUGGAUGGAAAAGAACCAAUAUACACACUUCCUGCAAUAAUAAGCAAAAAGGAAGAAAUGUUCUUAAAUGAAGCUGGCUUCAAUUUUAUUAAAAAAUGUAUCCAUUCUGUGGAGAAUCGAGGUAUUACCAUUUUGGGUCUCUACAGAAUAGGAGGUGUUAAUUCAAAAGUUCAGAAAUUAAUGAAUACAGUAUUCUCUCCCAAGGCACCUCCUGAUAUGGAUAUCGAUUUAGAAAUGUGGGAUAAUAAAACAAUAACCAGUGCACUAAAAAACUACCUCAGAUGUCUUUCGGAGCCCCUGAUGACAUACAAGCUACACAAGGAUUUUAUACUUGCAGUCAAAUCUGAUGAUCAGAACUACAGGGUUCAGGCUGUCCAUGCUCUGGUCCAUAAAUUGCCAGAAAAGAACAAAGAGAUGCUGGACAUCUUAAUCAAGCACUUGGUCAAGGUAUCGCUGCACAGCCAACAAAAUCUUAUGACCUUUUCUAAUCUUGGAGUCAUCUUUGGGCCUACUCUUAUGAGAGCUCAGGAAGAAACCGUGGCAGCCAUGAUGAAUAUUAAGUUCCAGAAUAUAGUGGUUGAAAUUCUUAUAGAACAUUAUGAGAAGAUUUUCCACUCUGCUCCAGAUCCCAAUGUACCUCUUCCUCAGGCACAGCCACGAUCAACAUCAAGAAGGGCUAGAGCAAUCUGCUUAUCCACUGGUCCAAAAAAACCAAAAGGAAGAUAUACUCCAUGUCUGGCUGAUCCAGAUAGCGAUUCAUACAGCAGCAGCCCAACUAGCACACCAAUGGGGAGCAUUGAGUCACUUUCUUCUCACUCAUCAGAACAAAAUAGCACAUCCAAAUCUGUAUCAUCACCACAGAGAGAGAAGAAAAACAUAGGCAUUCCAUGGGUGACCUCAACACCCUCUUCCAAUGGACAAAAAAGUUCUAGUCUUUGGACUACAAGCCCAGAAUCAAGCUCAAAAGAAGACGCUACAAAGACAGAUGUUGAGUCAGAUUGCCAAAGUGUAUCGUCUGUCACAAGUCCUGGAAACGUAUCCCCUCCAAUUGACCUGACCAAAAAGGGGCUUUAUGAAUUGUCUGGGUUGAAGAGAUCUGCAGCAUCCUCACUACGUUCCUUACCUUCAAGUGAAGGUAUCAAAAGCCGCAGUCCAUCAAUUCAGAGCUUAACAUCUAUGGAACUUAAAGAUGUAUCAAAGUUUCACCCUGAGCUGCCACCGAAAAUCACAAGACGGCAUCGCUUGGACACCGGUUCCAGUAAUGGCUAUCAGAGACCAGGAUCAGUUGUUGCAGCUAGAGCUCAACUUUUUGAAAAUGCUGGAUCACUGAAGCAAUUAUCCCCAGGACGUCAAGCGAAGGCCAUGUAUUCCUGCAAAGCAGAACACAGCCACGAGCUCUCGUUUCCACAGGGGGCCAUAUUUGCUAAUGUGUACCGAUCAGUGGAACCCGGCUGGCUGAAGGCGACAUAUGAAGGAAAAACCGGAUUAGUUCCAGAGAAUUAUGUUGUUUACCUUUAACAAUAUUAAUGGUGGACAGUUCUAUCUUCAUGGUAUCCAUGGUGACAUAAAAUAUGGGAUCAUUUUAUCUGAUGGAUAAAGUAAUCAACCAGUUAACUGAAAGUUGAAGAUCUCUCUUGGCUUCUGCAGUGGCAGGCAGCCCUACAUGAGAACAUUCUGCACAUUAUGGAUGUAAUAAUGGACUAUUUUAAUAAUUAACUGCUGUGGUGCAAAUAUAAUGCUUGUUAUGAAGAAUGUAAUCAUAAAUGCGUACGUAAUACAUGAAGUGUAUUGAUUGGCUACAGCAAAAAUGUAGAGAGCACUGUUUUCCAGGGUCAUGUGAUGUAUAUCCAGAUAUGCCCACUGCAGUAAUACCUUCGGUACUCUUUCUAGCUUUUUAUUGAGAAAUUGCAUGUUAUUUACAUAUUUUAUUUUCCUCAUUUUACUCUAAAUGUGACUAUAUAUUGUGAUGCAACUUUUAUGCAAAUUUUUUUAAUUUCAUUAAUUAUUCUGCCCUCUAUGAAGGCUUCCUUAUAGAUUAUAUUUAAAGAGUGAUGCAUUUAACCAUAAAUUCUGUUGAGUAACAGAGAUAUAUUUUUCUUCUGUGUGACUGACCAAAUUCUGAUGUAGUGCAGCAAUAACUUUCUAUGAUAAAAUGUUAACUGGGGAUAAUGACCACCACUGGAGUUGACCCAAACUCCAUAAACAAAUCUAACAAGUCACUCUUACAAAGGUUGUUUCUAUAAACUAGAUCCCUAUGCUAUCUGUACUCCUUCAGAUGCUGUAUCAGUUAAUAGCCUAAUUUGGAAAUUCAGUUCAUUUCUAAUAUUUGAAUAUAAAUAACCUUCUUGCUUAUUUUUAACAAGCUAAUGAUUUUCUGCUAACAAAUUUUACACAUCCCAUCAAAAUGAAUAGUGGUUUAUAGGUAUAGACUAGUGCUAUAGCACAUUAGUUUGUUAUCAAAGAAUGUCAAAUGUUUGUUGAACAUUUCUACCUUUAUUUUUUUUAAGCUACUUUCAAAUAUUAACUUUGAAUGUUGAUUCUUAUAGACUGCUAUGUAACUCUUAGGGAAUCAGUAUUUAAAUGUGAUCUUCAAAUGCUAACUUGUGUUCAAUAGAAACAUUCUAAUGGCAGAACAAAUGCCAAGAGGACAUUUGUUCUCCCAUUUUUAUGCCAAAAUACCACUGACUAACCCAUUCCUAGGGGAAUGUUUGUUUAGCAUAUUUAUAUAUUGCAAUAUUAAGUCCAAAACAGCAGCAAAAAUUAAUUGUAAGAAGUAAUUUAUACAUAUUUUAAUAUAUAAUAUAGAAAACAUAACUUUAAUGUCCAUUUAACUAUAUUUCUAUUUUUAGUAAAAUAGUGAAGCCUCAUCUUUAUUUUCAUAUGCUACAAUAUUAGGUUUGUUCUUCAGGCAGACAUCAUGUAGAGGGCAGAGGUAAAAUCCAUAACCAGUAGCUGACGUCUAUAAAGGAAAGCACAGUUUCAAGGCUGAGUGUGCUCACAGAUGAGUGAAAGCACCACUAGUAAAGUAAAUUCAAGAGUUUAAAGGGACAGUGUAUUUUAAUUCUGGUUUUCAAUUACUUGUUUUACAAACUGCAGUUUAAAAUGUAUGGGAAAUAAUUCCUUUAGGUAUAUUUUGUAUGUGAAAUAACUUUCUGCUAAUUGAAACCACAGCCCAAUACACUGUGCUGAUCUUGUAGGGAGAUAAUACCUUAUUAUGUUAUCUGCCUUACUAUUUACACAAAGUUCUUUAUUAUUGUGCCAGUACUUAGAGCAAAACAAUGGAAAAUGACCUCUCAGAGUACUUCUCUGCCACAGCCGCCUAUUGGGAGCAUUAUUUUAUGUAAACAUAAUUGUUUACAUGUUUUUUUGUAAGCAGAACUUAAGGCAAAAUUUGCUUUUUCAAAUGAGAAAAUAAAGGUGAAGAAACUAUUUGUAAACUAUUUAAUACAAUCUCUAGUAGGCAAAAUAGAUAAUUGGGAAAACAUUACAAAGGAGAAUAUAUUAGUGUACACUGUCUCUUUAAUUUAAAAACUUUCUAAUAUGUACUAUAUAGAGAACAGCCUUAUUUAAAUGGUCAAUCACUAAAAUUCAGAAUGUUUGCUAUUUUAAUAUAUAACAAAUUGUCACUAGUAAUAAAUCAAUUACCCUUAUGCUAAAUAAACUUGUGAUUUGCUAAGGAUAAAACCUCAUAUUUGCUCAUGUCCAUUAAAGAUUAUUAUCAUCACUGUAGUACAGCAUAAUAUCUCACAUCCUGUGGACCAUGUGACCUCCUGCAGGUUGGGCGGCGUGUUAGGGAAUUGUGGGAUAUUAACAUAUAUUGACUAUUCUAAAGCUUAUAUUUUUAUAGUAACCUAUUUUCUUGUAUAAUCAUUAUUAAUAUUAGGAUAAUUAUUGUUGUGUAACCCUUCGAGUUUUUCUUUUCUAGACAAGUAGUAUGGCAAUUAGCACACAACGCAGUUGUUUGGCUCCUGUGCAAUAAACGUUUUGUAUAUAUCCACAUAUAAAUAGUUAUGUAAGGUUUAAGUUGAUGACUAAACCAUAUUUAUGUAUGCAGGAAGAAGUAAACAAUCUAUCAUUUUCAGAAAUGUAUAUUGCCUCUGGGAACUUAUUUAAAGGGACACUGUACCCAAAUUUUUUCUUUUGUAAUUCAGAAAGAGCAUGCAAUUUUAAGCAACUUUCUAAUUUACUCCUAUUAUCAAUUUUUCUUCGUUCUCUUGCUAUCAUUAUUUGAAAAAGAAGGCAUCUAAGCUUUUUUUUGGUUUCAGUACUCUGGACAGCACUUUUUUAUUGGUGGAUGAAUUUAUCCACCAAUCAUCAAGGACAACCCAGGUUGUUCACCAAAAAUGGGCCGGCAUCUAAACUUACAUUUUUGAAUUUCAAAUAAAGAUACCAAGAAAAUGAAGAAAAU